CGCAUGUUCCACAAGUAUGGCAGUCAAGUCGGCGUGCGAGUAUGAAGAGGAUAUCCACAAGCUGAAGAUGCAACUGCAUGACGCGAAGAAUGCGCUGUUUCGAGCACAGCAGCAACUCAAUCGCCGCCUCACGCAUAUGCCAGCCGGAGUUCCAUCAUUCAACCAUCACAACUCUCCCACGCACAACUUUGUCGAGGAUGAUGUUCAAUCACAGUUCCAGAUGUGCUUUGACGAAAUCAAGACCGAGACUGCAGGAUCCGCCGCCCAUGUACUCAACAAGACGACAUGCAGGUUGGAAAGUCUCCAGCGAACUGUCAUCGCCUCGCAACGUCAUAUGUCACAUAUCCUUUUCCACGACAUCCAUGACCGCUGUACAAAACGCCACGAUUUUCCUUAACUGGUCGUACAAACUAUCACGGAAUUGCGAAUGGAAUGCCACGAACUCCGCGAAGCUGCCAAGCAAAUGCCAUCUCGACGUGAGAUCAAGUUGUACCAAUUGCAAAUAGAAGCGCUUCAGAUGGAGGUCGAGGAGCAGAAAAAGUCCAUUAAGCAUCGCAUAGUGAUCCCAGAAAAAUCUGGGCCUCGUAACGCAAAUCUCACCCAAGAUAUUCCCGCGAUGAUGCGCCAGGACAAACUCCUUCGCCAACUGCGCGUUGUCAAAGGAGCGGCUGAAGGCGAAAGCCCAUGCAUCAUGCUUGCCACCGACAACGAUUUAAACGAACUCCCGAACGGCCUGCGGCAACGUGCGGGUUAUAUUUGCAUGGAUAUGGUGGCGGAAUUUUGCAUUAGCUUCGACGUUGAGAACGUCAUGGAUCUCCAUCGUCAUAUCAAGCACAUACGGCGGCUUUCUCGCAGCAUUCCCGCCCUAAUCCAGUUUGUCGAGCGCAUGGAAACAUUGGCGGCGGCUGCUGAGAGCGCGUCCACCGCGAUGUCACGUGCCAAGGGCCCAGCUUCCGGGAGCUCACUUGACACACUGCACGAUCGGCUCUCGUUUCUCAUUCACGACUACAUCGCUCUCCACCAUCACUUGGUCCCUCCAGGUCGUACGAUCCACUUGGUACUGACCUCGUGCAUGCACGUCCUCAAUGUCACGCAUGUCGAUGACAUUGCUCCAACAAUCGUGGUAAAGUCUCGAUCACUUUCCAGCGCACCUUGUUACACUUACGUGAACUCGAAGGAUUUAAUUGCAGUGACUGCAGCCCAUCGCGAGUUUGCGUCGGCCUUGCGCCACCUCCUCGGCCUAUCGGACGACGCAUCGCGGUCGGAUAUUCUCGACUUGCUUGGCCAUUACUUGAACACGAUUGGAUUGGGGAGACUGCAAUUAACAAAGCAAGAAGAGUGAAAUUCAAGGCUAGAUUUCAUGGACAUGAUCAACAAGCGUCAAGUACGAAUGCCGCUGAAACAGUUCGGAUUUCGUAUCCAAGGGAUCGAGUUUGGGUCGCUUGACGUUGCCAUCUACGUGGUUGGCCUCAGAAUUCGCGCGUUUUUUGGGCGGCUGACGUGGUGCGAGGGGUUGGUUUGGCAUUGCAUCGUCUUCACCUGAGCGCUGCGAGGGCACCAUCCUUUGGACGACUGGCAUGGAUGGUAUGCAAGUAGGACUGUCUUCAAGAAGAGCAUGGGCAAACAGCAUGGACAUGUCUUCAAGGAGCGGAACUUGAGUGUCUUCUGUGAGUUUCAUGUGCUUUGAAUACAAGUGAAGCAAAGUAAGGCGUUGCUGCGGAGUCGAACACUGAAUCCUCCACACAGCUUCGGAUUUGUCCAUGACGAUGUUGUGAUGGCGCAUCCAGGGAAACCCAAACAAGUCAAAGUGGCUCAUCUUUUGCCGCUGCAGGUGGUACUUACGCCGAAAGCGAUUGCACGUAUCAACCCACGGCAAACUGUUCUCAUUGGGGAAGUGCUUGAACAACCACACGAGAAACAACAUCGACACCAACCGUUUCAGUUCGUGGGACGCGUCCCUUCGCAAACGCAGCAUGAUUUGCGUCGGCGUCGGGCCGUCGAUGUGCAACACCCGACAGCAGUAGAAUGCCAGCAUGGACUUCAUCACGGGCGAGCCCUGCCACUCGAUACCGAACUGGGCGCCAAAAGCUUUGGUGGCCGUGGUGAAGGAGCACUCCAGCUUGGAGUAAUUGGACACGAAAAAGGCGCAAAACCGUAGCCAAAACACAAACGUAAACGAGAAAUCCGCGUCCUUAACGUCCCGAACGCAAUACGUGCCAGUUGGAACAUUGUCGAGGGGAUGGACGGUCAGCACUUUGGCCGACACUGUGAUGAGGCCCUUGGAGUACCGUUGGAGACGAUCCUCGUUUAGCUUGCUGCUCUUGAAUUCUGGAUGGACCUGGUAGAAUUGCGAUAGAAGCGCUUGCACGUUGCCCAAGUCAAGUCCUGACGUUCGAAGGAAGCGGACAAACGCAGCUGUCGCACGCAUGCGAAAAGAUACGAGUGUCUUCAUCCUGGCGGCAUCGAGUUUGGACGACGCAGACGGGGGCUUUUUGGAUGCAGUGGACACGUUGAUGGAGGUCGAUCGAGCAAUAGCAACAGCAAUUGUAGCCUUGCACGCUGUAGAUUUAGCUAUUGUCUCGCUGAUUCCGUUGGAAACUUCACUUGCGACUCUUGUGGAGGAAUCGAAAGAGACCACGGCAAGUGGCUUUGCAAUGACAGGCAGCUUCUUACGCUCGACCAAAAGGUCGUCCGAGUGGCGAAGGCGGUCUUCAUUCGCAGUUGUUUCUUCGACACGAAAUGCAAGCGAAUGCAUUGGAUUUCUCACAGAGGUGGUAUCAGCAGC